GGAAGCAAAGAUUCAUAAUGAUCCAAUCUGGCAGGGAAACAGUUCCAUUCAACUGUUAGACCAUUCAACAAGUCGCUGUAGAACAUCAUGUCCAUAUGUUUGCCAGCAGCACAAGCAGAAUCAUUAUGGAAGUGAAAGAGCGACGUCCUUACUGCUCACUCACUAAGAGCCGGAAAGAUAAGGAGGGCCAGUACAUUGGUUCUUCAGGAGACAGUGAGGACUGUGUUAUUGGCUCCCAUGGUCUCCGGGUUCCCACUCAGAAGUCCUACUCAUCAAGUGAAACUCUCAGGGCCUUUGACCAGCACCAAGAUCAGACCAGGUUGCUGUACGGCACAACCAAAGGGCAUAAGGACAUGGUUCAUCAGGAGCAGGAUAAUUGCAACAGACAAGGUCAACAUUUCCGUCUCCGUCAGCUGGGGAUCUGUGAGCCACCAUCGCGUCGUGGUCUGCCAUUCUGCUCUGAUAUUGGCCUUCCUCACCAUGGCUUCUCGGUUGGUAUGGCCCAGAACCUGGUUUCUGACAGUCAGGCUGUGACGUCUCCAGAACGGGCCAUGCAGCUGUGGGGUCGAGGAGGUCUGGGGAAAUCAUCUGGUCAGAGUUCAUGCCUGUCUAGUCGCUCCAACUCAUUGCUGACCCUUACAGACACCGAGCAUGACAACAAGUCAGACAGCGACAAUGGCGGCGCUGAUGGACAGACUUUAUGGACGUGA